GCGAACUGUGUGAAAACUCGGUGCGAAUGUGAAAAAUGUGCCAUCAUGACUUCAUCAUUUGCACGACAUUCUGCACUCGAGUGAUUCACUACUUUCUGAUCAGAGUGAUUGAUUGAUCACAUACUUUUUGUUUUGUUAUUGGUCUGCUGAUAAAUACAAACAAACGUGAAGCAAUAAUUGUUUUACAUUUUAAAACCUCUUCAUUCUAAUAAUAAAAAAUGUGUACUCAUCAGUAAUGCAGAACCCAGCUGCCGAUUUCUCCAACUGAAAUUCAGUUACUGAAUAGCAUUAUUAAUAAAUAUAGUUCGUAUUUGAAGAAAUUGAGAAACAUGAAGGACAUGGAGUCAUAUUUCUGGUUUGGAGAAGUUUUGGACAAUUUUUUAUUCGAGGGCCUCAAUACUAAAUCUUGGAGAGGUCUUCUUGGAGUGUGCACCGUCUUGUCCUGCUUAGCAUUGGUUUACGAAGGACUUCAUGUACUUAAACUAUUCUUCAUGAAUCGAUUCUUACUGACUAGAAAAGCCCUUCGUAGAGAAUCAAAUGACUCUUCAAACAAUGACGGUGCCGCAUCAGGUCAACCAUCUGCAUCUCUACUGUCAAGAACCUUCAUGUACAGGCGACAGCACGCUCCUGAGACCGGAAGUGGAGAGCCAGCUCCUCGAAGUCUGCUCGAAGAAUCUGACCAUCAUCCUCCAGGAAGUGAGACCACGACCAAUCUGCACAAUCUUACCACACCUGGAAGGGGCUUCCUCGAUUUGCUGAUAUCAGCCGUUUUCCACAGCAUCUACGUUUUCUUGGGCUUCACCCUCAUGAAUGCUGUAAUGACUUUUAAUGUUUGGGUUCUUGUUGCGAUAUCCAUAGGAGUCGCUUUCGGAUAUUUUUGCUUUGGGAACUAUCGUAGAGCAGAAAAUUUAAUUCAUCCACUCAGCACCGAGAAUACCAGCUUGAACGAUGACACGACUCCACCACCACCAUUGGAUGGGGGAGGAGAUCGUUUCGUUAACCAGUCUCGAACCCCUUAUACAGUAAAGAAUGGUGAAACUGAAGAGGACCCUGGAGAAUCAUCUAGACUUAUUGUUGGAGCACAAGUUCAUAUUCCUAGGAUCAUGUCAUCUUCUACAGCGUCGACUUGAAGCGGAUAUUCAUUAUAUUGAUAUUGAUAAGUAUGAAUGAACGAACUCCAUUUCACUCAUAGUCAGCACGUAAAUAUGUGGUGCAAUCUUAUCCUUGUUUGUAUUUAUAGUUACCAUUUACCAACGAAUGUGUAUGUAUUUAAGACUUGAUGAUGUGUGAGAAAUAAAAAGUAUUUAAUGACUAAGCUGGGUUGUGUAUGUAAAUCUCAUACAAAAUAACCCAUAAGUAUUGUACAUAUAUAAGCAAUAUAUUAUCGUUUUGUUUUAUUUCUUAGUAAACUUGAACCAAUUUGUUGUAUCUCUAAAAGCUGAUAUUUUGGAAAUGAUUCGUUCGUCGGAAAUAAACGAAUGUUAUGAAU